CGGGCGGUGUCUGCGCGUCCGUCCGGCCGCACCAGGAAACCCAACACCGCCGGGGGAGGGGAGGGGGGGACAAAAGCUGCGCUGUCCCCUCCUGCGGCGCGGCUAUAAAACCUCCUGAAAACUCCCGAAACGUCCCCAAACCUCCUGAGCCCCCCGAAACCUCCCGGGGGCCUCCGCCUGCCCGCAGCGAGGGGCCCCGGGCUGUGUCCGGUGCCAUGGCCGCGGCCGAGCCCAGCGAGCCGGGCGAGCUGACCGAGCUGGAGAAGGCCAUCGAGAGCAUCGUCACCGUGUUCGUCACCUUCGCCGCCAAGGAGGGCAAGAAGGGCACGCUGACCGCAGGCGAGUUCAAGGAGCUGGUGCGGCUCCAGCUGCCCAACCUGAUGAAGGACGUGCCCUCUCUGGAGGAGAAGAUGAGCGAGCUGGACGUGAACAACGACGAGGAGCUGAGAUUUGGGGAGUACUGGCGGCUGAUCGGGGAGCUGGCCAAGGCCAUGCGGAGGGAGAAAGCGGCCAAGAAGUGACGGGGCCGCUGCGGAGCCGCGGCAAAUAAAAGAGGUUUUUCCCCCGA